AUGUUUCGUACAGAUCUUAAUACCGGGAUCGCCAGUCCUGACGCCGAGUCUCUGCGCUCGUUUACAGAGACGUUGCCAGAUGAGUACCAUGAGUGGGUUACGGAAUCUGGGAGAACAUCCAGGUGCGAUCAAUACGCCCAGGAUGCGCGCUGCUCAUUACUGACGAAUAAUACGAAGAGACGGUUUUCCCCCCCACCUCAGGCAUCCAUCAAGAACAUCCGACGCAAUGUCGCAGCAGCAGAUCUUGUGACAACGAGUGAUCUGCCCCUGCUGCAGGAGAUGAACCCAAAUGAGGACCGAGAAGAGUUUCAUCCUUUUAAUGAUGACGGCGCUUCCUAUGAUCUUAUUGCGCCCUUCGAGGGUAGUGAGGCGCCUCUGCAUAAACUGGAGCGUCUUUCCGAUGUCAUGUUCGGAACUGAACAUAUGUUAACAAUUCUCAACACUCCGCGCUGGCUAGUUCGGUUUCGCGACUUUCUUCUGGAAGAACGGCCGCGCUCAAUCUCCACUCUUACCUACUACCUCAACGCUGUUAAAGCUCUCAAAGCGAUUGAGUAUGCGAACGCGCUGGUCCGAUUAUCCACAGAUGUGCCACCUCCAGCUGUCCAAAUUGUUCAAACAGGAACACAGGCUGUCGGAAUCACUACCAACCAGGUCCUGGAGCAGCGCGUCAUAGAUGGCUUGCAUGCCUUGACAGCUGAAGAGCUGCCCGCCUUUAUCGCAGCAAGGUGCAUCAGCAUUACUAGCAAGAUUGUGGAAGAGCGCAUUCGCGGCACACUACCACUAAAGUUCCGAGAUACAUCCAAUGCGCUAGCUGAGGUUUUUUGUCUCACAGACCCAACGCGCCCUGAUAACCCAAUCAUUUUUGCAUCUGAAGAAUUUCAUCGAACAACGCAGUACGGCAUGGACUAUGUGCUUGGACGCAACUGCCGAUUCUUGCAAGGGCCCAAGACGAACAAAAACAGUGUUCGGCGUAUCCGAGAAGGCAUUGAAGAAUGCCGGCAUCACUCCGAGCUCUUCCUAAACUAUCGCCGCGACGGAUCCCCAUUCAUGAACCUCCUCCAAUGCUCCCCUCUUUGUGAUAGCCAAGGCCGUGUCAAGUACUUCAUCGGUGCGCAAAUCGAUGUGUCAGGAUUCACCCUUGGUGGCGCACAAAUGGAAUCUCUGAUUGAACUACAAUCCCGAUACCGCGACCCUGAUGAGGAAAGCAUUGCUGAGAUGCCCGAACCCCCACACAAGGACGAGUUUCAACAGCUCGCAGAGCUGUUUAGCCCUAAGGAGUUGACGGCUGCACAAGAGUACGGCGGUGAUCUCUUCCAGCCACCGAACGGCAGAGCAUCUAGUCGGGGUAAUCGAACCUGGUUACAGCGUGGAGGCUCUGUCGACAGCGAAACAGAGGCAAUUCGACUGCGAGACAUGAAGUCACCAUUACUGCGUGGAUCCUUGGCCGGUGUUUAUGAGAAUUAUUUGCUUGUCCGACCAUACCCAUCACUUAAAGUUAUUUUCACAUCACCCUCACUUCAGAUCCCUGGCAUGCUUCAGUCGUCUUUUAUGUCCCGUAUCGGUAGCUCGUCUGCCGUAAAGGAUGAGCUCACACAAGCAAUGAUGAAUGGACGCAGUGUCACUGCUCGAAUCAAGUGGGUCACUCGAUUUAACACCGACGGUCGUAACCGUUGGGUUCACUGCACUCCUCUCUAUGCCAGUAACGGAGAGGUAGGAGUCUGGAUGGUUGUGAUCGUGGACGAUGAUGAAGAAACAAUGCCUAAUUGGAGGGGCUAG